GCUUCAUCGAAACUUCCUUCCCACCUUCCUUCCGCAUUAUCCUCCUCCAUAACCAAAAUUCGUAGCCCAACAAUAAACAAUUGAUAAAAUUAAAAAAAAAACCCCCGAGAAAAUCGAUCGACUCCAUUCGCGUUUUCUUCUUCACUCCGAUCAGAUCGAUCUUUACCUUCUCCGCCGUGCGAAACCACCGCCAGCUGGCCCGUUUAUAUACCGCCAGCUCCCGCGAGAGCUUUAAAGCGAGCUGCUGUUCCAAUACGCGGCCGAAACACGGAAAGCCACGGCCGGACCCCGAUAUAAUAGAAAAACAGAUUUCUAUUUCUAGCUUCCGUGAACGAAGCUAGCAUUCCUCCGCCAUUGAUCAGCUAUCUCUCUCUCUCUCUCUCAAAAAAAUUAUCGUAGCAAUUGGCAGUAUCUUCAUCGAGGAGCGAGGUGUCGUCUUACUAUAAUCGAGCGACGAGAGAGAGGCGAAGUGUCAAUUCAAGAAUUCACCAGUGGUUCGGAAUUUCGUCGGGAGGACAGUACUGAAGAAGAUUCUCUGAAUUUUGUUGUUGUCUUCCUUCGUUUGGUUUCUGUGGGAGAUAGCAAUUAUGAGUAUCACCUCUUCGAAAGGAUUAUUAUCGUCGACGACGGCGACGACUCCGACAAUGUCGGAGCGCGACCUGGAGUCCGGCAUCGCUUCCGACGCCGCCGCGGCCGGGAAUGGAUUCGACGAUGAGGAGAAGAAGAAAGUGGUGGAUGAGGAGGAAGACGGUGUGGAGGAUGAAUCGGAUCCUUUUGAUAUCGCGCAGACCAAGAAUGCUUCUCACAACACUCUCAGAAGAUGGAGGCAAGCAGCACUGGUUUUGAAUGCUUCUCGCCGGUUUCGGUACACUUUGGACUUGAAGAAGGAACAGGAGAAAGAACAAAGAAGGCGGACGAUUAGAGCUCAUGCACAAGUUAUAAGAGCAGCGUUGCUUUUCAAGUUGGCUGGAGAAAGACAAAUAGUGUCAGGUUCCUCAGUUGCACCUCCAACCCCUAUCGGUGAUUUCGAUAUUGCGGUUGAACAGCUAUCAACAAUGAACAGGGAUCAUAAUGUUGAAGCUCUACAUCAAUAUGGGGGAGUAAGAGGUUUAGAACGUAUGUUGAAAACAAACUUGGAGACGGGAGUUAGUCCAGAUGAGGCUGACGUAUCGAAUCGGAAGAAUGUGUUUGGAGCAAAUACGUACCCUCGGAGAAAAGGAAGAAGCUUCUUGAGAUUCCUAUGGGAAGCUUGGCAAGAUCUAACUCUUAUCAUCUUGAUGGUAGCUGCCAUAUUGUCUUUGGCAUUGGGAAUAAAGACAGAGGGUAUCAAAGAAGGAUGGUAUGAUGGUGCGAGCAUAUAUAUUGCGGUUAUCCUCGUUAUAGUUGUUACAGCUGUUAGCGAUUACCGCCAGUCUCUUCAGUUCCAAAAUUUGAACGAUGAAAAGAGAAAUAUACAGCUAGAGGUCAUGAGAGGUGGGAGAGCAGUUAAAACUUCAAUUUUUGAUAUUGUUGUUGGCGAUAUUGUACCUCUUCGAAUAGGUGAUCAGGUGCCAGCUGAUGGAGUCUUAAUCAGCGGCCAUUCUCUUGCCUUGGAUGAAUCUAGCAUGACUGGUGAAAGCAAAAUUGUUCACAAGGACCAAAAGGCACCCUUCUUGAUGUCUGGUUGUAAAGUUGCUGAUGGAGUUGGUACCAUGCUGGUCACUGGAGUUGGAAUCAAUACGGAGUGGGGACUUCUGAUGGCAAGUAUCUCAGAGGAUACGGGUGAAGAGACUCCAUUGCAGGUGCGAUUGAAUGGAGUUGCAACUUUUAUAGGAAUUGUUGGUCUUGCAGUAGCUGUCUUAGUGCUUGUUGUUCUUCUGGCUCGAUACUUCACUGGACAUACAAAAGAUGCGGAUGGAUCAGUCCAGUUUGUUGCAGGCCACACCAAAUUCAGUACAGCUUUAGAUGGGGUGGUCAAAAUUAUCACCAUAGCAGUCACUAUUGUAGUGGUUGCUGUACCUGAGGGACUUCCCUUGGCUGUUACCUUGACCCUGGCAUAUUCUAUGCGAAAGAUGAUGGCAGAUAAAGCCUUGGCAAGUAUCAGUGUUCGUAGGCUCUCGGCAUGUGAAACUAUGGGUUCAGCAACAACAAUCUGCAGUGACAAGACUGGAACGUUGACCUUGAAUGAGAUGACUGUAGUUGAUGCUUGUGUUGGGAAAGGUAGAACAAUUGACCCUUCAGAAUUACAUCCAGAAGCUAGGUCUUUGUUGUGCGAGGGUGUUGCUCACAAUACCACAGGCAAUGUUUUUGUUCCUAAGACUGGUGAGGAUGUAGAAGUUACUGGAUCACCCACUGAAAAGGCUAUCCUUUCAUGGGCAGUCAAGUUAGGAAUGAAGUUUGAUGCAAUCAGAUCGGAGUCUAAGGUUCUCCAUGUUUUCCCUUUUAACUCUGAGAAAAAGCGAGGUGGUGUUGCCGUGAAGACGACUGAUAACAGCAUCCACAUACAUUGGAAGGGAGCAGCUGAAAUAGUUCUUGCUUCAUGCAGUGGAUAUCUAGACUUGAAUGGUUGCGUGCAGUCCAUUGAUAAUGAUAAGGAAUAUUUCAGGUCGGCCAUUGAUGACAUGGCAGCACACAGCUUGCGUUGUGUUGCCAUUGCUUACCGGUCAUAUGAAUUGGAAAAAGUUCCCACUGAUGAUGAGGCGUUGGCAAAAUGGGUUCUUCCUGAAGAUAGCCUAGUGUUGCUUGCAAUUGUUGGCAUCAAGGAUCCUUGCCGGCCAGGUGUUAAAGAUGCAGUCCGAAUAUGUACUAGUGCUGGUGUAAAGGUUCGGAUGGUCACCGGGGACAAUAUUCAAACAGCUAGAGCAAUAGCUUUAGAGUGUGGCAUUUUAGGCUCCACCGCUGAGGCUAGCGAGCCAAAUGUCAUAGAAGGCAAGGUGUUUCGUGCAUACUCGGAGAAAGAAAGAGAGCAGAUUGCUCACAAAAUAACGGUGAUGGGAAGAUCAUCUCCUAAUGACAAGCUUUUGCUUGUUCAAGCCUUGCGCAAGAGAGGGGAGGUUGUGGCUGUGACUGGUGAUGGCACGAACGAUGCUCCUGCACUCCACGAGGCAGAUAUAGGCUUGUCAAUGGGCAUUCAAGGGACAGAAGUAGCUAAAGAAAGCUCAGACAUCAUAAUACUCGAUGACAAUUUUGCUUCAGUUGUAAAGGUUGUACGUUGGGGCCGUUCUGUCUAUGCGAAUAUCCAGAAGUUCAUCCAAUUCCAACUCACUGUUAAUGUCGCAGCUUUAGUGAUUAAUGUUGUGGCUGCCAUCUCUUCUGGUGAUGUACCCCUAAAUGCAGUGCAGCUUUUAUGGGUUAAUCUUAUAAUGGAUACGCUUGGAGCACUGGCAUUGGCAACCGAACCACCAACGGACCAUCUUAUGCACAGAACACCGGUUGGACGAAGGGAACCCCUGAUUACAAACAUCAUGUGGAGAAACUUACUGAUACAGGCGUCAUACCAAGUUGUGGUGCUUCUUGUGCUCAACUUCUCUGGGAUCUCCAUUCUCGGGCUGGAACAUGAUACCGAGGAACAUGCUACAGUUGUGAAGAAUACCAUGAUUUUCAAUGCUUUCGUGCUGUGCCAGAUAUUCAAUGAAUUCAACGCACGAAAACCUGAUGAAAUCAAUGUCUUUGAUGGGGUAACCAAGAACAAAUUGUUUAUGGGCAUAGUUGGAUUUACUUUCGUUCUCCAGAUAAUCCUGAUCGAGGUCUCUGGGAAGUUCACAAAGACGGUGAGGCUAAAUUGGAAGCUAUGGCUCGUGUCAAUGGCCAUUGGCUUCGUCAGUUGGCCUCUUGCUGCAGUUGGAAAGCUAAUCCCUGUUCCUGAAACUCCAGCCUCUGAAUACUUCGUUAAGCCGUUGAGAAAGUUGAGAAAUCGCGGCCCCAGCAGCAGCAGUAGUCAGGAUCAGUAAAUGAAUCCACUGUCUUGAUUGACGGAAUGGCUUUUACGAGUGCAUAAUCGUGGAAAAGAGUAGAUAUUAACAGUAAAUGUAUAUCCUUUAAAUGUAAAGCUCUAAUGAUCAGCUCAAAGUGUAAAGGAAUUUAUCGUUUUUCGGUGCUCUCUGUAUCUGCAUUUGCUCCAUUUAGGCUUCAGUAGUAUUUUAGACUAUAGUAGAAAAUUGAAAUGGCAGUUUUUAGUUGCCCACUAUUAUAUCUGCCAGCAGGCCUUCCCACGCUUGAGUUGCCUUGCGUGGCUUACAAGUUACUCCUUUUGGCUAAAAUAUGUCUAGAGAACUACUUCUCAACGUUGCGUACGACCAAAGAAAUUGUAUUUACUCCUAGUAUUUCCUUACAACUCGAGAAGAUAAAUAAUUACAAGUUUCGCG